CCUAGUUUCCUAUAUGGAGAUAUAUUUGGCCUCCAUCCAUCUUCCCUCUCAAUUCACAGAAGAUUGCGCAGACUGGCUUUUAAAUACAGUUUUUCUAUAGAAGAGAGAAGAGGGCCGGGAUUCAAAGUCCACUGGGUGAAAUAUGGGAAGAGUGAAGCUUCAGAUCAAGAAGAUCGAGAACGCAACAAAUAGACAGGUCACCUUCUCAAAGAGGAGAAGUGGACUCGUCAAGAAAGCUUAUGAACUUUCUGUACUUUGUGACGUUGAUGUGGCUCUAAUCAUAUUUUCUCCGUCCGGGAAAGCGAGUCUCUUUUCUGGGGGCAAAAGCAUUGAAGACAUUUUUGAACGAUAUCUUAAACUUCCUGAGCAAGAACGGGUUAGAGUGCAAAAUCAAGAGCAUAUUCAAAAGGUCCUUACUAAGCUGAAGGCUGACGCCGAUGAAAUGUACCAAGCCCCUAGCCCGAUGAUUACAGAAUCUCCAAUCGAGGGUAUUAAAAGGGAAUUUUUUAUUUGCAAGUCUCGAUUGAAAGACAUGGAGAAGAGGCUGAGGAUAUUCGAAGGUGACCCUUCAGAAAUCACGACACUGUACGAGGCUGAAUAUCGUGAGAACGUCCUUCUGGAAACUCUAAAACAAGUACAGCUGCGAAAACGAGCUCUGGAGGAAGAGUACAUUUCACAUGCAGCUGCAGCUCCCCAGGUGCAUCUUUCGAAACCCGUAGAAGCAGAUGGAUUUGGUGACGGAAAUCUGAAGAACAUAGUGGAGUGGCUGCCGCAGGUUCAAACCCUGAACUUUACAGAUUAUGCCAGCGGCUUUCUUCCUUUCGGAGCCCAUCAACAAUCACAAAGUAGUCCUGUGGUUGAUGUGUUAUCGCCAACUUCAACUCAUCAGCAUGCCCAAAGUCACUCGAGUCCUGGAGACGGUUUAAACCAGGAUGAUUUUGGACAAGUUAUUGAUAUCAACGCCACCCCUUGGGGACCACUCCAACCUCCAGGAAGUGGAUCUUUUCCAGUCGCAGGGAGGACCGGAGAAGGACAAUUCCUUGAACUGUGCUUUUCUCAUUUGAAUCCAUCAAACACCUUGAUCCCGGAUCACCAUUUGCCUCAAACAUGAUAUGUGAGAUCGCUGCACCGCGUGUUGUUGCCGUCUUCAGCCUUGGUUCGGGAAUGCACUUCUGGACUUUAUUAUUUGUUUAAGCAUUGUAGCACAUGUUUCGUGAAUUUGACUCCGGUGACAUACACUAGUCAAUAAUUCUUGAGUUUCUUUUAAAAAAAGAUACAUGCAACUUCCAACUUUCAUCGCUAUUUGUCACUGUUAGUCAUCGGCAUCGUUGAUUUAUC